AUGGCGCCGAAUUCCUUGUACUUCGGUCUACUAUGUGUGUUUACAACGACCCUUGCCACAUCGACAUGCCCCGACCUUGCUACGAUGUGUGCGAAUAAUAAAAACGUAUGCACCUCCGCCAAAUUUGGCGGCUUCAUGAAGUAUGCUCAAUUGAUUUUUCGAGCUCUUUUAGGCAGCUAUCGGGGUUGCGCUGACGACGCGACGGCGGAUUGCAGCAAUACAGCUAAUUGUACGAGCAGCGACCAGGAGACUCGUUUUGAAAUGGUUGUGAAAUGCCCGAAGACUUGUGGUUUCUGUCAGAAUGGAGUGAUGAUGGCAAAGAUUCUCAACAAGAAGAAGCGAUCGGGUGGCAAUAAU